AUGGAAUUUUGGUUAAAAGACGGAAUUGCCCCCGUCUCUCAGACACUCUCUCUCUCCCGCGCGUCCUUCUCUCUCUCCUCUGGUUCGCGACCGCCACCACAGCCGGCCACGUUUUGGCCGGCCGUUCAGUCAUCCGGCCACCACUCGGGUCGGGACCGGUCCCAAAAUGACCGGCCUGACUCCGCCGUCCUACCCCAGCCGGUUCUCACCGCCAGCCGCCGGGAUUUCGCCGGAAAAUCGAAGAAAACAGCCCGGUUUCGCCUGAAACUUCGCCGGCUUCGUUUUCCGUCGUCCGGCCACCGAUUCCGGCAAGUGAGGUAUGAUUUCUCACCUAUUUUCCGAGCUCUAGCUGAUGGUUGGGUAGGAUUUCAUAAAUUUUGA